AUGGUGAAGGUUUUCCAAUCUCUUUGCUUGCCAGGCACUUUGGCUGCAGCCACUCAGCGACCCAGGAACUCCACACUGCACCGCUUGACCCGGCGGCUUCUGAAGAAGUACAGCAAGGGAGUGAGGCCUGUCAGAAAUUGGAGCAAGCCCACCAUCGUCUAUCUUGACCUCUUUGUGCAUGCAGUACUGGAUGUGGAUGCUCAGAAUCAAAAACUGACAACAAGCAUUUGGUAUCGGCAGAUCUGGAAGGAUGAGUAUCUCACUUGGAAUUCCAGUCGUUAUGAUGGUAUCAAAGAAAUCUCUUUGCCCAUUCACUGCAUCUGGGCUCCUGAUAUUAUUGUUGGUGAAUCUGUGGAUGCCAGCAAAUCCCCAGAUCUCCCAUUUGUCUACUUGAAUGCCAGUGGCGUGAUCAAGAAUUACAAACCCAUGCAGGUGGUGUCCGCAUGCAUCCUGGAAAUGUACACUUUCCCAUUUGACACACAGAACUGCAGCCUGACUUUCAGCAGUGCUUUGCACACAGUUCAGGAUGUGGAUCUUGCUUUUUGGAGGAGAUAUGAGGAGAUCAACAGUGACCAGAAGUUGUUUCUAAAUGAUGGAGAAUGGGAGUUGGUCUCUGUGCUCUCUGAGCGGCAUAUCCUGCAAACUCAGACUGGGAGCAUUGCUCAGAUUCGGUUUCAUAUUGUUAUCACCAGACGUCCCCUGCUCUACGUGGUCAGCUUGCUGAUUCCCAGCAUCUUCCUGCUUGUUGUGGACCUGGGUAGUUUCUACUUGCCCCCGAAUUCUGGAACAAGGAUAACAUUCAAAACCAGCGUGCUGGUUGGUUACACUCUCUUCAAAGUCAACAUGUCAGAUGAACUGCCAAGCACUGGGACCGGCACAUCUCUGAUUAGUGCCUUCUUCACCAUCUGCAUGGCUCUGCUGGUCCUCAGCCUAUCCAAAUCCAUCUUCCUCAUCAAAUUCCUCCACUUGGGUGAUGACUGCACACGGGAUAAGCCCUUUGCUUCUUACUGCUGCAGGAGCGCUGUUGACACUGCAGGUGAAAACGCCAAGGCUGCUAGGAGCACAGGAGGAAAAGCUGGCACUGCUGCAGAACUGGAGCGGAGGGUUUCUGUCAAGCCCUCAUUCAUCUCUUCUUCCAACAUGAUGAAGUGCUUCUGUCUUUCUGCAGGGAUACCCUUGGCUUGGGAAGGCUCAUCUGUUAAAAACCACGCCACUGGGACAGCCACACCCCCAAUGGAGAAGAUCCGAAGAGAACUCCUCCCCAUCAGCUCCCACUUUCGUGCCCUAGGCGUUGCUGCCAAAGUGGAUGGUGAUUGGCUCUCUCUUGCAAACAAGCUUGACAAACUCCUGUUCCGGGCCUAUCUUUUAGUGUUGGCUGUGUAUGCAGUCACAAUGGGUUCUCUCUGGGGGAUGUGGAGCUCCCAGUAGGGGCAGCUGGCAAGGCAGUUCAACAUGGCACUGAAGAAUGGCCACAUGGGCAUCUUAAAUGACAUUCCCAGUCAAAUGAUUAUGCCCACUUACAGCAUUGGAUAGCACAAUUUAAAAUGUGGGGCAUCACCUUUGGCACUUGAGCGCU